AAAAGGGUUUGGGGUUUGAUGAAAUCCCCGCGCUAACGUAUGAGUUAUUAUAACAGUAAUGCCCGCACGCCAGAUUUGACGCGGGUGAUUAGGGUCACGUCAAAAUCUUGCUCCUUCACAACCCCCGGCAAUCAGGCUUCCUGCCUUUUUGUGUGUAUGUAACAAGAUCACCCAUUAAGCAUAUAAGCGCCUUGCGCCACUCAGCUAAGUUUCUCUGCUAGUGCUCAGUCAAUACGGAUUAUCCCGGAGUGUUUAGACUCUCACCCUAUUGUCGUCGCCCUAAAAGUCCAUUUUGUAUCUAAGUAAACAUAUUCACCCGACACACACUGACCAGCUGGCCAGAUUUGAAUCUGUCUGUUGUUUUCGCUCUCUCUCAUGUCUUUGUUUCUCCAUCGGCCUGUCUUUUAUUGUAACUGUGUCCCUCUGUCUGUCCAGCUAGCGUCCAUAUGCCUGGAAAGAUUAGCCUCUGUUGUUUCUCCAGUGCCUUGCCCCCUGUGAUACAAUGACUGACGAUGGCAUAAUGUUUCGAGCACUUUUGUUCUGCCUGUUUUCUCGCUUUUGCCCUCUUUUUUCUGUCUUUUCUGUCUGAGUGUGGCAUGACGCCAGGCGGGACAGCUGUGACGGAGGGUUGGAUUGGCAGGACCGGCUCUGUCGGGUUAAUGCCCCCUCCAUCCGACCACCCGCUGCUGGCCGACCCGGCCCACCUCCUGGUGAUGUUGGGAAUUACUACUAUGGUCAGGGUCAUCCCAUGAAACCCCACCGAAUCCGCAUGACCCACAACCUUCUUCUCAACUAUGGCCUCUACAGGAAGAUGGAAAUUUAUAGGCCUCAUAAGGCCAGUGCAGAGGAGAUGACCAAGUAUCACAGUGAUGACUAUAUCAAGUUCCUGCGCUCCAUCCGCCCAGAUAACAUGUCUGAGUACAGCAAGCAGAUGCAGAGAUUUAAUGUAGGAGAGGAUUGUCCCGUCUUUGAUGGCUUAUUUGAGUUUUGUCAGCUCUCGACGGGCGGCUCUGUUGCUGGGGCUGUGAAACUAAACAAACAGCAGACAGACAUUGCCAUUAACUGGGCAGGAGGGCUUCAUCACGCAAAGAAAUCUGAGGCUUCUGGUUUCUGCUACGUCAACGAUAUUGUACUGGCCAUCCUGGAACUGCUCAAAUACCAUCAGAGAGUACUUUACAUUGACAUUGACAUUCAUCAUGGAGAUGGAGUUGAGGAAGCCUUCUACACAACAGACCGUGUCAUGACUGUGUCCUUCCACAAGUAUGGAGAGUAUUUUCCUGGUACAGGAGAUCUCCGAGAUAUUGGUGCGGGAAAAGGAAAAUACUACGCUGUGAACUAUCCACUCAGGGAUGGAAUAGAUGAUGAGUCUUAUGAAGCCAUAUUCAAACCUAUCAUGGCCAAAGUGAUGGAGAUGUACCAGCCCAGUGCUGUGGUUCUUCAGUGUGGUGCUGAUUCUCUGUCUGGAGACAGACUGGGCUGCUUCAACCUCACCAUCAAAGGUCAUGCCAAGUGUGUGGAGUACAUCAAGAGCUUUAACCUGCCGCUGCUCAUGCUGGGUGGUGGAGGCUAUACCAUCAGAAACGUGGCACGCUGCUGGACCUACGAGACCGCUGUAGCAUUGGACUCAACCAUUCCAAACGAGCUCCCAUACAAUGACUACUUUGAGUAUUUCGGACCUGAUUUCAAACUCCACAUCAGUCCAUCCAACAUGACCAAUCAGAACACAAAUGACUAUCUGGAGAAGAUCAAACAGCGUCUGUUUGAGAAUCUGCGAAUGUUGCCUCAUGCCCCGGGGGUUCAGAUGCAGGCAAUCCCAGAGGAUGCUGUUCAGGAGGACAGCGGAGAUGAGGAGGAUGAUGCUGACAAACGCAUAUCCAUCCGUGCACAUGACAAGCGGAUAGCAUGUGACGAGGAGUUCUCGGACUCUGAGGAUGAAGGGCAGGGUGGCCGAAGAAAUGCAGCCAAUUACAAGAAACCCAAGCGGGUGAAGACUGAAGAAGAAAAGGAUGUAGAGGAGAAGAAAGGUGAGCCAACAGACGUUAAGGAAGAAGAAAAAGCUCCAGAAGAGAAAAUGGACACAAAAGGGCCAAAAGAAGAAUUAAAAGCUGUCUGAACAAGGAUGCUCAGUUGUCACAACUGCAUGCACUUGUCCUACACCCUCAUCCUUUCACACCUGCAUAUAUAUACACACGCACACACACACACACACACACACACACGUUAGAUGUUAGCUCCUGAGCUACACACACUGUAAAUUAUUUUGUAAGACUCAUUUUACUAUUUGUAAUGAAGCGGUAUAAAGGUUUUUACAUUACAAGUGUGAAGUGAACGAUGUACCUGUUUUCUUUUAGUGCUUUGAAACCAUGUACUUUUCCCCCAACUUAAAAAAAAAAAAAAACUGUUUGUUUACUGAAAAUAGCACCUCAAGCAGGACCACAGAUGGCACAAAUCUUUUCUCCUACAGGUUGUUUUAAAUCAUGGACUCAACACUUAUUGGUUGCCCUUACUUGGAUUAGAUUUCUGUGGAUGCUUUUGUCUGGCGUCCUUUACCUCGUUUUUAAGCGAUGUUUGUUUUUAUUAAGGUGACUGUAUUGUCGACUCUAAUGAACUUCCACGUGUCUGGUGGGCAUGGAAAAGGUUUGUUUGCUGUAUUGCUAGCGGGUUAGUCACGUGACUGGCCAAAUUUAGCCGUUUGGAGUUCCAGAGUUAAGUGAUUGUGAAUCUUCCUUAUUACAAUGACUUUGGUAAAUAAAGGAGAUAACCUCA